CCAAAUUCCAACCUGCUCAUGCACUAGCAACAUAGUGUCCACUGUGCAUUCCAAAAUGAUGUCCAUGAACAGCAAACAGGCAUUCAGCAUGCAUCCCAUGCUGCAUGAGCCGAAAUAUGCCCCGCUGCAUAGCAGCUCCGAAGCUAUCCGGAGAGCCUGCCUUCCAGCCCCACAGUUACAAGGCAACAUCUUUGCUGGCUUUGAUGAGACUUUGCUGAGGGGAGCUGAAGCUUUGGCUGCUGUGGAUAUUGUAUCUCAGAAGACACAUCCGUUCAAACCAGAUGCUACAUACCAUACGAUGAGUAGUGUGUCCUGCACCCCAACUUCUUCUUCAGUGCAUCUACAUCAUCCUUCGGUACUAACAACCCACCACUCACAUCACCAUCCUCACCACCAAUCCUCACAGGGCUUAGAUCAGGAUCUUCUUGACCACCUAAAUCCUGCUCUUACCUUAGGAGGUGUCCCAGAUGUCGGAUCUACACCUUCCCAUCCACAUGCCCAUAUGUCAGCCAUCAACCACAUGGCCCACCACACACAAUCUAUGAGCAUCGCUCAUAACCAUAGCUUGGUAGCACACCAAGCAAUGUCAUGCUCUGAAAGUGAAACAGAUCCCAGAGAACUUGAAUCAUUUGCAGAAAGAUUCAAACAAAGGAGAAUUAAACUUGGGGUAACACAGGCUGAUGUUGGAUCUGCCUUGGCCAAUUUGAAGAUUCCUGGUGUGGGUUGCCUCAGCCAAAGCACCAUUUGCCGGUUUGAAUCCCUUACCUUAUCUCAUAAUAACAUGGUGGCCCUAAAACCCAUAUUGGAAGCUUGGCUAGAAGAGGCUGAGAGAGCUCAGAGGGAGAAAAUGACCAAACCCGAAAUCUUUACAGGAGGAGACAAGAAACGCAAACGUACUUCUAUUGCAGCCCCAGAAAAACGUUCUCUAGAAGCCUAUUUUGCUGUUCAGCCAAGGCCGUCUUCAGAGAAAAUUGCAGCUAUUGCAGAGAAACUAGACUUGAAAAAAAAUGUAGUACGAGUCUGGUUUUGCAAUCAGAGGCAGAAACAAAAAAGAAUGAAGUUUUCUGCAACAUAUUGAACAAUCAUGCACUGUUUUGAACUGUCAAAAUACCUGGUUUCAUUCUAAGGGAAUUCAGACCUGCAGUAUGUCUUCAUAUUUUGGCAAAUACAAUUAACUGAUAAGGGACAUUAACUGGAACACCAUAGGUACCUGUAAAGUUGGACUGGUGAGUGGUAACUUUGGGAUAGUACUGUUUUGGUUUGACUAAGACUCCUAUGACCAAAUUCCAUUGACUUUAUAAAAUAAAAAUAAAAAAUAAAAAAAAGAAAUCAGUCGAAAGGAAUGAACAGCAAACUAAUGAAACUUGAAAACCCAUCUGUUUCUCUCAGUUUGAGCUAGCCUUUUAUAUUUAUGAUUGUAUAUAAUAAUUUGUGAUGAUAUUGCACCAGUGGUUACAAUUUUAAGUUAUUUGCUAAUAUAAUUUUCUGUAUAGCACACAUACCUUGAAUAUUAUUUAAUUUAAUAAAGUGACACCCACUAAACAACUAAAGAGACAAAUUCAUUGCAUGGUUUACCUCACGUUCCCUAUUAAAAAUCCUCCCCAUUUGCAAUACAGGUUCUGUUUCUACCUCAUCAUCAACUAGAGAGCACAUGUGGAAAUACAUUCUACAGGAAACGAUUUCUGGGUUUUAAAGCUAUGCCCCUUCGGUUUCACUGCAAAGAUGCUUUGACAAUCAAAUCAUUUUAUUCACAAGGUUCUGCUUGAAAUGUAUCUGACAAUGAAAAUGGCAGUGCACAUUGUCUGUGGCAUUAAAGCAUAACCUCACUUAUCUGUGCGCGCGUGUUAUUUUUAUUUAUCAAGAAUUGGUGACACGACUGAGAGUUUUAUUUUUUAAAGUUUAAAAGUUUAACUUAUAUGUAAUUGAUUCCACAAUGAACAUUAAUGUUAAUUAUUUUUUAAAUAUUUAACUUUGCACUUUCCUGGCAAGACACACAUUGCUUGGCAUAAUUUGGAGAGAAUCCCUCUGUUUUACUUUUUUUUUUUGUCAGUUUUUUUUUUUAAAUGACUAUUUACUUUUCUAUGUGUGUAUCAAAUGAAAUUUUGUGUCUGUGUAUGCUACAGAAUUUCAA